UCCUCCCGAUUUGUAAGGUGAGAGAGAGUCAAGAAUCGAAAACAGAACCGAAGGCAGCGCAAGGAGAGGCUAUUUAUUACUUCUUUAACACUCUCUUCACCCAUUAUUCACACUCUUGGCCACCUUCUCAACACUCUUUCGAUUCCCUACAAGCUCCAUGGCGACCAACAUGUUCAAUGGAGGAUCACUCUCCGCACGCUCUCUCUGUCUCCAGUUCAAUCAGAAUUUGGCAUUUAGUUCAGUUCCUAGCCCGAGGUUUAGCUCAAUUUCAAUCUAUGGGAGGAGGAAUGUUUCUUUUAGCUCGCAGCCGCGCUCAGUUUGCCUCAGAGUUUCCUGUGCUGCUAAACAGGAGACAGUACAAAAGGUGUGCAAAAUAGUAAAGAACCAGCUGGCUCUACCAGACGACUCUACAGUCACUGGAGAGUCAACAUUCGCGGCUCUUGGAGCUGAUUCACUUGACACUGUUGAGAUCGUGAUGGGGCUUGAGGAGGAAUUUGGUAUCAGUGUAGGAGAAGAUAGUGCACAGAGCAUCUCAACAGUUCAGGAUGCUGCAGAUCUUAUCGAGGAGAUAAUCAGUAAACAGAAUCCUUAAGAGUAAACAUGUACCAGAUGAAAAACAUCUCUGGUAGGCAUUCAUGAUUUUCUAUGUAGUAUGGGGUAGUUGAUUAAGUGUUUUAUCUGCAUAUUCUACUGUUCUCUUGUUUAGGUUUGAAAAAAAUAAAAAUUGUGUGAAGGUUGUGGUUUUUACGUUUCACAAUUCCAGUGGGCGGUAUGCCUUUGUAAUAAUUACGAUAAAGAACUAGCUGUCGUAGUUUUGCUUAAAAUUUUAUCUUUGAUUUUUUAUA